AUGCUCACGACCGCCCCCCGCCUCCACGUCCGGCGCCCCUCGCCAACAACCGCCGAAUUCACAAUAACCACUCGCCCGCCCCCGACCCUCACCAUACGCCUUCUCUCAAGCCUCCUACUCGCCCUCCGCGUCCUCGUCUUCCUCUCCUCGAUCCUCCUUCUCCACGCCGCCUGGUCGCAGUCCCUUUACGCGGCGCCCUUCUUCUCCCCGUCGCUGACUAGGACACCUGCGACACCCAACGACACCCCCGAGGACGCCUUCUUCUCGAACGGGGGCUUCUGGCGAACCCUACACUUCAUCCACGCCUCCGCGCCGGGCCGCCUCGCCCACCGCAUCGCCGCGUCCCCCGCGGUGCCCCUCCCCAUCCUCAUACCCGGCUGCCUCCUCGCGGCCUACGCGACGCUGCUGCGCACGCACACCACCGAGAGCCUGCUGGUCCUGCGCGGGCUGGGCAUCCAGACGAGCUCUACGAGCGGGAGCUACCUCUCGGCCGCCGCGACGCGCUUCAUACCUACAGAGAAGAUCCAGGACGUGCUCGUCAACGAGGCCUUUCGCGGCUUCGAGGUGCGCUACUACCUGAUUGUUAUCGUCGAGGGCGAGGAGGACCUCGUCGUCGUGUUCCCGAGGCUGCUGCCGCGCAAGAAGAUUGUCGAGACGGUGUGGAGGGGGGUCAGGGGGUGCCUGUGGGAGGCGGACGGGACCGCGGGCGGAAGUAGCAACACUAGGAAGAUGGACGAGAGGUGGCAGGGCGGGGUGUAG